AUGUCGCGCAACCAGUACCCCUCUCAGUACGACUGGGGGAUUCAGGACGAUCAGCAACCGCACGCUUUUGCGAGUCAGGACUCUUUCAAAGACUCGUAUCCUCCCACGCCGUCGCCAAAUAUGUACAACCAUAGCUCAGCUUCGGACUACGUGGCUCAGUCGCACUACGCCCGUAGGAACGAGGCCGAUGCCCCCUAUGGCGCCGAUCCAAACUACGAGAAGAGAUCUGCUGCUGUCGCCGAACCCACAUGGCUGCAGAGGCAGCAGGCAAGCAAGAAGAAGUCAAAGAUCAUCUUGAUAUGCUGUAUUGUCGCUGUCGCCUGCGCUGCCGUCGUAGGCGUCGUCAUCGGCAUCACCAAGUCGAAGAAAAGCUCCUCUUCGUCGUCUGACUCGAGCAGCAGUAGUAGCAGUAGCAGUGGCAGUGACCCGAGCGUCUUCACCAAGGACUCACGAUUGCAUCAGUCGUUCUGGGGCAUGGCAUACACGCCUCUCAAUGCUCAGAUGCCAGGCUGUGGGUCGACACUGGCCAAUGUCACUCGCGACAUUCAGCUGCUGAGCCAGUUGACGACCAAUAUGCGGACUUACGGCAGUGAUUGCUCGAUCAACGAUAACAUCUUGCAGGCUAUUGCAGACACAAAGGUCAACAUGACAGUCUGGCUCGGCAUCUAUCUCGACAUGACCAAUUCGACAACGAACGAACGGCAGAUCCAGCAAACCCUCGAUGCUAUCAGUAAGCACGGAUCUGAUCAUGUCUCCGGCGUCAUUGUCGGCAACGAGGUCGUCCUGCUCGCAAGUCCCACGGGCGGCACGCCGUCAACUACAGCCAUCAGCUUCGUCGUCGAACAGCAAAAGGAUGUCAGGACUCGACUAGCUGCACUGAACUUGUCCAAAACGAUACCCGUGGGUACAGCUGAUGCAGGCUCGAUGAUGACGACUUCGCUGGCAGAAGGCAGCGAUGCGCUCAUGUCGAAUGUACACCCUUUCUUCGGCGGCUUGCUCAUUUCGCAGGCAGCAGCGUGGACUUAUGAAUACUUCCAAACGAGCACAGUCGCUGUCGCAGCAGCAGCUUCGAACAACCCAGCUGUCUUCAUCGCAGAGACCGGUUGGCCUACAAACUCGACUAACGCAGACGGCUCGUAUAAUUCUACAGACGACACACUAGGUGGCGCAGUGGCAGGCGUCCCUGAGCUCCAGACUUUCCUAGAUACGUACCUAUGUCAGAGCCUUGUCAACAACACGAAAUCAUUCUACUUUGAGGCUUUCGAUGAGCCAUGGAAGGAGCUGGCGUAUGGCGGCGUCGAGUCCCACUGGGGCCUCUUCGAUGCAGAUCGUAAUCUCAAGAACAUCACCAUCCCUGUCUGCUAG